UGCCUCACCGCCUGCAGCUCUCCACCUCCUCCCUUCGGCUUCUGGGUGCUUCUUCCUUCCUGUCGAUCCCGGCUUUCAUUGUUGCAUCGCCGUCAUUGUUUUCGAGUAAGAGCGAGACAGCACGCGAGAGAGGGGUUCUGAGAGUAAAUGAGAUCGCCGCAUGAGGUUCGCUUAUCUGGACAGUGCUCAUGGGUGGGAUUUUGUUAGCGACGAGGCUUGUUAGGCUGGUGUCGAUCCUCCACGAACUAGUGCUUGUUAGUGCGGCAAGAAAGGUAGUAUCUCAAGUCUUUCUAGCUGAUCGCGGCCGGAGGCUGCGGGUGACUGGUCACUCGUGAAAACAUCUGCUGGUCGAUGGUUUUGCGCAAGCAUGCACGAGAAUCGAUCGUCUGAAACGAAUACUGGUGCAGUGUAGUGGAAGGUGUUUAUAGUAAUGAGGAGAAGUGGGAUGUCUGACUGUGGAGGCCUGACAGAUGAGGAUCAUGUCUGUUUGGAGAGUCAGCUACUUUUCUUUUGGCGUCGCAUCAGCGCUGCGCGACGAUUGAUGGCUUCGAUGCAGGGUGGAGAGGCGAAAGAGACAACAGGGACAGAUGAAUAUUUGACUUUCUGUCUUGAGUCCUGAAACUUCCGUGUCACAAAUGCGGAGCAAAAACGAGGAUCGGUGAAAGAUUGGGUUUUCGAGGAGCAAGACACUGCUGGAGUGAUGGGAAUUGAUUUGAGAACGUUGGUGUUGGUGUGGUGGCUGCUCCUUGCGUCGCCCUGGGUAUUGCUUUCGAAGUCGAUGACACUGGAAGAAUUCAGCGUUAAGGAGAAGAAGGUUCAGCGUUUGGCAUCCGAUGUUCUCCAUAAUGCGCGAGAUACGGAUGAAUGCGGGCUUACGCUGUGCAUCGACAAUUGCGCGCGUCAUGCCUGCUCGGCCGUUCACACUGACAAUUUUGUGUGUGCCAAUACGUUGCGAAACGUUUCGGAUUGCCAAUCUCUUGACACUGGAAAACCAUGCUUACAGCUGAAGCUCAGCUUUGACAUGAAGGGCUUCGUCCGGCUUCCGCCACCCAUCAUCGACUACUCGAAUGACAAGCUGAGGCCGGAAAUCACGAGAGCAAUUUGCUCCCAGUCAAAUCUUGCGUUCCAAUCGAGCAGCGAGGUUACCCACACUUUCUGGAACUACUUCGGAUCUGCAGAGGGUGUUUGGAGAAGCUUUCCUGGACGAGUAGCCGAUCCUAAUGGGGGUUGCAUAACCUACGAUCCCCGCAAACGGCCGUGGUAUAUCUUGGCAACGGCGGUGGUCAAAGAUCUGGUUAUCCUUCUGGACACCGGACAGCAAAAUGUCGACGCCUUUAAGUUGGCUGUGAAUGUUGUUUCAGAACUUUUUGAUACCGUUCGGAUCGACGAUUUGGUAAAUGUGGUUACUUUUGAUUCCACAGCCGCGACUCCACUGCAACCGAGUUCGCUGCGCAUUGGAAAAGAUAGCAAUGCCGCAGAGUUGUCCAAGAGGUUUGAGCUGUCCAGCGUGAAGAAUACAGCUAAUGGUUACUCAAACAUCAGUGGAGGAUUUAAGCAAGCAAGGUCGAUGCUUCAACCUUUAAGUAAGCUGAAGAUAUUUUUGGUAUUCACCGACGGCUACUUUUCCAAGAGCUCCACCUUCUACGACCCCGCUCUUCAGCGCGAAGUUGCAACCCUCAAAACGAACAACGUCGUGGUAUUCUUUUUCAGCAUUGGGCCGGGUGAAGCUGACAACCCCCCAGAUCCACUUACAGAACUCCGCAAAGUCUCAUGUUCUAUGAACAGCACCGUGACUUAUGUGAGCCAAUUAGAUGCUCACUGGAAUCCUCUCUGGGCCAUUCGCCCCUACUACGAUUACCAAGCGCAACUCCGAAAUUCAAGCACGAAUGGCAGUUUCUGGACCGACCCAUACAUGGAUUUCGAUGGUUUAGGCGAGGUCGCCACUGUUGCUCACCCUGUAUACGCGAACGGAACGUUGUAUGGCGUCGCCGGCAUUGACGUGUUUGUUGAUGAGAGAGACAAUUCCAUCAUCAAGUCUAAAGCUGUUGAUCCAAAUGUCCCCACCGCCCAAUUGACGUGUCACUUAAAAAACGUUAACCUUAGCGGGUGCACCAAAGCUGUCGACCCCAAUCUUAAACCUCUGUGUCAGCAAAAUAUGUAUCUCAACGAGGAUCAGGAAAAGGUUUACAAGAAUCUGCUGUGUUGCGGCACUUGCACUUUCCGGAACACCAAGAAUCGUAAUCUUGUUCCAGUGUAUCUAGCCGCGGUGGGAACGAGUGUUGUCGUCAUCGUACUGAUAAUUAUCAUUGCUGUCUUUGCUUUGAAAUACAGAGCUGCCCGGAGAUACGUUCAAGAGAUCCAAGAAGAUUUUGCAAAGGCGUCUAUAUCAACGAAUUUGUACACGUAUAAAGAGCUGAAAAAGGCCACUCGAAAUUUUCACAAAGACAAUAAACUGGGCGAAGGUGGAUUUGGAGAAGUUUUCCUGGGAAAGAUUAGGGAUGGUUCGCAAGUGGCAGUGAAGAGGCUUUCUGAAGACUCCAAGCAAGGGAAGCCUCAGUUUCUGGCAGAGGUGAUGAUCAUCAGCAAAGUGCAGCACAGGAACCUCGUGAAAUUGCGGGGUUGCUGUGUCGAGGGACGUCACCGACUUCUUGUGUACGAAUAUUUGGAGAACAAGAGUCUUCGUGAAACCAUGUUGGGGGCCCCGGAGCAAGUGGUACAUAUCAGUUGGCCAACUCGAUUCAACAUUGCGGUUGGAACUGCUCGAGGUCUGGCAUACCUGCACGAGGAAAUUACUCCUCGCAUUAUCCACAGGGACAUCAAAGCAAGCAACAUCCUUCUGGACGCUAACCUCGAAGCCAAGAUUUCUGACUUUGGUCUAGCCAAGCUCUGCCCAGAUGAACGAACACAUUUGACAACAGCCAUUGCAGGCACAUUAGGCUACAUGGCUCCCGAGAUGACGCGCGGGCAGCUUACAGAGAAGGUGGACGUGUAUAGCUUUGGCGUCCUAUUGAUGGAGAUUGUCACUGGUAGGGCUACCAUGAGCAUCACCGAUUUUGGAUCUUCGAUUUGCCUUAUUGACGAGAUGCGGGACUUGUCCAGAAAAGCUCACGAAACAGGCGCAGAAGAGCUGAUGCUUCGCUAUGCGGAUCAAAAGCUUCAAAACGACUUCAACAAAGAAGAAGCCAUCAGGGUGUUAAAGGUGGCCCUUCUGUGUACAAACGACGCUCCAACGUCCCGGCCUUCCAUCACGCAAGUGGUCCAGGUGCUGAUCGGCGCGCGAGAGUUUCCCGAAUAUCUCCUCAAACAUCUCCUCGAGAGCUAUCAAUCUACCCCGAGACCACGCUGGUAUGACUCCGAUUUAUCCAACGCCAACUCUUCGUAUACCCAUACUGGACGCCAUUUCAACUCGCCCACAGCCGUCACCACCACCAGCGCCAGCAGAGAUGAAAUAGGGUGCGUUUCUUCAGUUAACAUGGAAGGCAGAUAGUCCCCUGCCCAUUCGUGCACUGCGCACAUUCGGCUGAGUCUACAUCCUCUGGACUCUUUCCUCUUGAGUUGAAUUAACGAACAGGAUCGGGAUACCUGCCCAGGUUCGAGGCUUCAUCGGAAUCUACAACUCUGUAAGAUUACCGAAAAAAACAAUGUCACCAACAACAACAAAAUACCCUUCAAAACUAACGCGGAAAUCAACAAUUAGGUUGAGCAUCUCGUUCACGGCGCUAGAAAACAUGCUGCUCCUUCGACUACAGGGUUCAUGUUCGACAGAGCCGUCACGCAUCAUAUUUGUGAGUGAUUUCAUUGUUAGUCAUCGGAGCCACCUCGUAAUCCACGCCGCCAUCGUAGGGUCAACGAUUUGACUUGGUGGUGUCGGAUGGUAAUUUCGUUGCUGUUUCCUUCUGGCAGGAUCCCUUUUCACACCGUGUCCUUUUACCCACCAUGGGGACCCAGUUCUCAAGGGUGGCGUUGGAGGAAUUUUGUAUUGUGACAUAAAAGAUAAUUUUCUAGUUUUGAAGACCAUGGAGUCCAACUGUCAGUUCUGCUUCUAAGAUGUGGAAGAUUUUGCUGGAGGGUCAGGAGUUUUCAUUAUGCUUUAGAACGUGGUCAAACUUGACACUUUCAAGUUUUAUUGUAGAUUGUCCAUGCUUAGAUAGCAAGCAUAUUAGACUUGCCUAUCUUUUUUUCUUCAAAACUUUAACAAAGUUCAAAAAAAAUCUCAAUAUUUUACAUAAA